GAACAGGAUCACACGUUCACUACAAGGGAAACUGCAACCCUCUACAGAUCACAGUGUUGCUGUCAUGCCUGCUAAAAAGACCACCACCAAGAGGAAGUCUGAGGCUAUUGUGGAGGAUGAGAAAGACCUCAAGAAAGUGAAAGUUUCCCACAGGAGUCAUGGCAAGGAGGCAGGCCAGGUUCUUGUCCUGGGCCAGGGCGAUGUUGGACAGUUGGGUAAUGGCGAGAACGUUAUUCAGAGGAAGAAGCCGGCCCUCGUGUCCCUGCCAGAGAAAAUUGUGCAAGUUAUAGCUGGAGGCAUGCACACUGUGUGCCUCAGCGACACUGGCAAUGUCUACACAUUUGGCUGUAACGAUGAGGGUGCCCUCGGUCGGGACACAACAGAGGGGUCUGAGAUGGUUCCGGGGAAGGUGAUACUGGAGGAAAAGGUGGUCCAGGUGUCGGCAGGGGACAGCCACACAGCCGCACUCACGGAUGAUGGAACGGUGUACAUCUGGGGCGCCUUCAGGGAUAACAAUGGUGUUAUAGGUCUUCUGGAGCCCUUGAAAACAUCUACUGUUCCAGUCAAAGUCCCCAUGACGGAGCCUGUUAUGAAAAUUGCAUCAGGUAACGACCACCUGGUGCUGGUUACACUGGAGGGAAAUCUUUACUCGUCAGGCACUGGAGAGCAGGGGCAGCUGGGAAGAGUGCCUGAGCUUUUUUCAAACACAGGAGGCAGGAAAGGCCUCGGCCGGCUGCUGGAACCACAGAUAGUGAAAGUCAAAGGGAAGGUUCACUUCACAGAUGCCUUCUGUGGGGCGUACUUCACCUUUGCUCUCUCUAAAGAGGGACACGUUUAUGGAUUUGGCCUCACCAACUAUCACCAGCUGGGCACUAAAGACACCAGGGUGUGUUUUUUCCCAGUAAAACUGACAUGCUUCAAGAACUCCACCACAUCCUGGGUGGACUUCUCUGGAGGACAGCAUCACACAGUCUGCCUGGAUGCUGAGGGACAGGUAUACAGCCUGGGCAGAGCAGAGUAUGGUCGUCUUGGUCUGGGAGAAGGAGCUGAAGAGAAGAGUGAGCCCACGCCGGUGACGGGCAUGGAGCCGGCCAGCAGAGUGACAUGUGGGGCGUCCGUCAGCUACGCUGUCACCAGAGAAGGAUCCGUGUAUGCAUGGGGCAUGGGCACCAACCUGCAGCUUGGCACAGGAGAGGAGGAUGAUGAGUGGAGCCCCGUCAAGAUGACGGGCAAGCAGCUGGAGAACCGUGUAGUACUGAUGGCCUCCAGUGGAGGGCAGCACACAGUCCUUUUGGUCAAAGACAAGCAGGAGAGCUGAUGUUCACAUCAGGAAGAGGAUGAUGGGGGAUCAUCGGAUUUGUUCAUGAUGCCUAAAUCUAGGGAUGGGAUCGAUCUGUGUGCGACUUCCUGUUCUGAGCUGAAAUUCAGAUCCAGGGAACUUUUCUCUUCUUGGUGUGGGGGAAAAUGUUCAUGGGUGUUUGGUAGAUGAUGACAAAUGAGAGACUAUUUUUUUAAAACUAGUUUUUGGUGUUUUCUUCCAAUUCUUUUCAUGAAAAGUCAUUCGUAUGGCUGUGAGAUGAAUAAUGUGAAAAUGUUUGUGAAAGUGAGUACUGGCAUGUACAGAAAGGAAAUGAAAGUCCAAGCCUUUUAAUGACAUCCCCAAACAAGAGUAUUUUUAAUUAUUUUUUCCCCUUGCUUUAAAGCAAUAAUUUCAUCAACCUUGUUUCAGACAGGACAUUUACACUCAGAUAGUUUAAUAUGUGAGACCGGUGUUCAUUUUACCUUGGGCACACAACCUUGUUGUGACUAUUUGAACAUUUGGUUAUGUGUCAUACUGUAUCCUGCAUUCUGUUACUUUUCUUGUCUGAAAAUAAAGAUUCCAUUUUAAAUUUUUAAGCCUUAUCUAAUGCAUCAA